UCCCUCCCCCCGGAACUAAACCUGGACGAGCUUCCUCCCUGUAGCUCCGCCGGCUCGCUGCCUGCCUCUGUCCGUGGUUCUGAACACAUUUUUUUCUUUCUUUUGCCGUGGAUUUAGUGGAUUUUGGCGCGUGGUGGUGGAGGUGUGAGAGCGGACACAAGCAUGGUUUCGCGGAGAGUGAAGUCAUGAGCGAACACGGGAUCUGAAUCACACACACACACACACACACACAUACACACACUCCCCGGAAAAAAAGGGGGGACAUUUUCGUCUCACCUUGGAGGUCACAAACCAUAACCACAAUCCCCCUCCCCUCCCCUCUCAUCCUCCUCCUUUUCCACCUCCAAAGGUUUUGGGUUUUUUUCUCGAGGGGGAGUUCAUCCUUUCAGGAGUGUGACCCCCACCGCCCUCUUACUCACCCCGCCAGGAACCCCUCCACACACACCCCUCCCUUCUCCAAACAAAAUGAGACUGGCAAAAAUGUACCGACUGAACGCGCUGGGGAUCUAUUUGUGGGAAACAGUAUUAUUUUUCAGCUUGGCAGCAUCCAAAGAAGCUGCAGCGAGGAAAGCCGCCUCCCCGAUGCCGCCAUCUGAGUUUCUGGACAAACUCAUGGGUAAAGUUUCGGGUUACGACGCCAGAAUCCGGCCCAAUUUUAAAGUGUGGAACAAAGACCCCAAAGGCUCCAAAAAUGAAGCUACUCACAAGAAAGGUCCGCCUGUAAACGUAACCUGCAACAUUUUUAUCAACAGCUUUGGGUCCAUUGCUGAAACAACAAUGGACUACAGAGUAAACAUCUUCCUGAGGCAGCAGUGGAACGACCCCCGGCUGGCUUACAGCGAGUAUCCCGACGACUCACUGGACCUCGACCCGUCCAUGUUGGACUCCAUCUGGAAACCUGACUUGUUCUUUGCCAACGAGAAAGGAGCCAACUUUCAUGAGGUCACCACCGACAACAAGCUGCUACGCAUCUCUAAGAAUGGCAAUGUGCUCUACAGCAUUCGAAUAACGCUGGUCCUGGCCUGUCCAAUGGAUCUGAAGAACUUCCCAAUGGAUGUGCAGACCUGCAUCAUGCAGCUGGAGAGCUUCGGCUACACCAUGAACGAUCUCAUCUUCGAGUGGGAUGAGAAGGGAGCUGUGCAGGUGGCCGACGGCUUGACGCUACCUCAGUUUAUACUGAAAGAGGAGAAGGACCUGCGCUACUGCACCAAGCACUACAACACAGGAAAAUUCACGUGCAUUGAAGCUCGUUUCCACCUGGAGCGUCAGAUGGGUUACUACCUGAUCCAGAUGUACAUCCCCUCGCUGCUCAUCGUCAUCCUGUCCUGGGUUUCCUUCUGGAUCAACAUGGAUGCCGCGCCAGCCCGAGUAGGUCUGGGCAUCACCACUGUGCUGACCAUGACCACGCAGAGCUCUGGUUCCAGAGCCUCCCUGCCAAAGGUGUCCUACGUAAAAGCCAUCGACAUCUGGAUGGCCGUCUGUCUGCUGUUCGUGUUCUCAGCCUUGCUGGAGUAUGCCGCCGUCAACUUCAUCGCACGCCAACACAAAGAGCUGCUGCGCUUCAGACGGAGGCGACGACACAUGAAGCCUGAAUCUUGGCCUGUGUUGCAGGAGGAUGAGACGGGCGAGGGGCGCUUCAGCUUCCCCGGCUAUGGCAUGGGCCCCACCUGCCUGCAGGCCAAAGACGGCAUGGCCAUCAAGGGCAACAACAACAACGCCCCGACCUCGGCCGCACCCGAGAAGAGCAUCGAGGAGAUGAAGAAGCUCUUUAUCAGUCGGGCCAAACGUAUUGACACGGUGUCCCGUGUGGCCUUCCCGCUCGUCUUCCUCAUUUUUAAUAUUUUCUACUGGAUCACUUACAAGAUCAUCCGCAGCGAGGACAUCCACAAGCAGUAGUUCAAAAUAAAGAGGAGGAGGGCGGUGAUACAGAAGAAACAAAAAAGAGGAAGAUGAAUUCAAGGAGAUAUAAUUGCCCCUUUUACCAACCAAGCCUCUUGUCCUGGUCCUCUUCUUACAACCUCUUCCUCUUUCAGUCGAGGAUAAGUUGCUUUUUGUGGCAGUUAAUCUUCCCAAACUUUACCUGACCUUAUCUUUUGAAGCACUUAUCGUUUUGUUUUCCCUUCAUUCUUCUCCCACUUCCUCAAUCCCAGCUCCUCUUCUCGUGUCUUUCCAGCUCCUGAAUAAUCCGAACCAGUGCAAUAGCAAUGCAGUAAAAUGCAUGAUAUAUGAAUGUGGCAAUAUAUUAAAGAAAAGAAGAAAAAGUCAACUUUUUCAGGCUCACUCAAGAAACUGUUUGGAAGUGAACUAACUGGAACAAAAAGGAGACAUUAAGGAGAUCUUGUAUUUGAUUUCAGUUUUUUGUGUGAAGACCAGAUAUAUAUAAUUCUAUAUGAAAACAUGAUGUGGGGACGGGGCGGGGGAUGUGCAAGAGGUAUACGGUACUGUAAUAUACUCAUAUAUCUAUUAUAAUUGGAAAAAAAUAUAUAAACUUUGUCUCCAAAGGUGGAAAUCUGGAAUGAAAGAUGUUUCACCCAAAAAAGGGAAAAAAAAAAGAAAGGAAAGCGGAUCAGUGCUUCCACUAAACAGAGUGAUGGAAGGAUCUUGCAUUCUAUAUAUCUAGAUUUGCUUUUAACAUGUAUUGCGAGCACUUGUCAAAGCUUUCCUUCCCUCCCGCUGCCAACGCCACAAAAACUGCAGAGACAUUUGAGGUUUGAUGCUGCUGCUACUGCAAAUCACAUGACUGGAUUUAAGGAAAAUAGAGAAACAAUAGCAACAACAAAAAAAUGAAAAAAGAGAGAAACAAAAACACUGGACAAACAGUGCUGAAGAGUAUCUGUGAUAAACGUGUUCCUCUGUCAGUCCGUGAUUUAUUUCAUAUUGCAUUUGUUGUUUUUUGGGGGGCUUUUUUGUACUUUAAAUUAUUUCAUGUGCCAACUAAACAUGUCACUUGUGGCUGUACUAUGCUCUUCAGCUCCGACCUUUUCGUCUGGAGGGAGGGAGAGUUGUUCGAUGUCAGCAGCUGACGUCUUCUGACGUGCUUCUUCUGGGUUUUUUUGAUCACUGGGAUUUUAGUUUCCAUCAGCAGGAGAGAAAGACCAGCUCCAUCCCUGGAAGGAGGAAAAAAAACAAAAAAAACAACGCUGUUUCUCAUCAGCUUUCCUUGCCGUGUUGAUCGGGAACUGAAA